AUGGAUCCCUGCCUGUCAGUGAGGCAGACAGCGGCCCAUGUGGCCUCCACAGCCAGCCUGGUGACCAUCGACGAUGCAGCCAUCCAGCGGCUGGCGGCCUCCUUGGACGAUGUGGCGUCCAUCGCAGCAGGCGGCUUCGACCACCAGCUGCACUACUGGGAUGCGGAGCAGCCGGAUGCGGUGGCGCAGUACCUGCUGGUGGUGGACGCACUGAACUUCUGCUUCUGGCCUGAUGCGGAGCUGGAGUAUGAGCAGCUGGCGGGGGGCCUGCGGCGGGCGCUGCUGGCCGACCCGCGCGCCCUGGAUGCCGGCAGGCUGGCCGUGCUGGAUGGCGCGGACGUGCGCCGCCUGCUGCAGUGGCCGCGCCCGCUGCCGCUGGAGGAAGAGCGGGCCAGGCUGCUGCGGGAGGUGGGCGCCGCCCUGCUGGACCUGUAUGGAGGCCUGGCAGCCAACCUGGUUCGGGCGGCAGGCGGGUCCGCUGUGCGGCUGGUGCGGCUGACAACCGCGGCAUUUCCCGGCUUCAGGGACCAUUGCGUGUACGGCGGGCGCCAGCUGUUCUUCUACAAGCGAGCCCAGAUCUGGGCGGGCGACCUGUACGGCUGCUUCCGGGGCCAGGGCCUGGGCGCGUUUGCCGACAUCGGGCAGCUCACCAUGUUCGCAGGCGAGCGCCACGCCCGCUCAUACUACCGCGUCCCGGUGGUGCUGCGAGAGCGGGGCAUCCUGCUGUAUGCUGCGCCGCUGGCGGCGGCCGUGGAUGGCGGGCGGGAGCUGGCGGCGGGGGGGUGCGAGGAGGUGGAGAUUCGGGGCUGCACCAUUGCUGCAGUGGAGCGCCUGCGGGACGCGCUGGCGGCGAGGCUGGAGGGCGAGGGGCGGGGCGCGGAGGCGGCGCAGCUGUGCAGCGUGAAGCUGGACUGGUGGCUGUGGGAGGAGGGGGAGCGGGACCUGCACCGGCACCGGCCCCACCACCGCACCCUGACCGUCUACUACUGA